AUGGCAAGCCACAACGUAGCUCGCACAACCCGGGUGCGCACCGAAGAGCAGCGGCUGCAAGAAAUCGAAAAGAUCAACAAGUAUCGCAGCCUCGAAGACCAGAUCCGUUCCCAAGCGGCAUCAGGAACCUACAGCCUCCAACUCUACGACCUUACCACCAAACUCCUCCGCCUCAACCCCGAGUAUUACACAGUAUGGAACGUCCGGCGCCGGUGUCUCUUAUCCUGCCUGUUAUCCGCAACAACAGACCAAACGGCAUCAGAUACCCAACGCGCGACGCCAGACACCAAGAACCAGCAAUCAGAUGGCGACGUAUUACAAUCUGAAAUCGCCUUUACCAUGCCGCUCCUGAUGGAGUUUCCCAAGUGCUACUGGAUCUGGAAUUUCCGGCAAUGGCUUCUGUCGCAAGCUAUCUUGCGGCUACCCCUUCCGGCAGCACGUAAAAUAUGGGAAACGGAGCUUGGUCUGGUAUCCAAGAUGCUCAACAAGGAUCAGCGCAACUACCAUGCCUGGGGAUAUAGGAGAUUUGUGGUGGCUCAGCUUGAGAGUCCCGAACUAGACGGCAAGAGCAUGGCUGAAGACGAAUUCGCCUACACAACGACCAAAAUUCGGAAUAACUUGUCUAAUUUUUCCGCAUGGCAUAAUCGAAGCCUGCUCAUACCAAAGGUCUUGGAUCAGCGGGGCUCUGACGACAAGGCCAGAGCGGCUUUUCUCGCCCAAGAGCUCGAUCUUGUACGAGAGGGCCUCAAUGUCGGGCCCGAAGAUCAGAGUUUAUGGUACUACCAUCAGUUUCUGGUAUCCCAAAUCGUGGGAGACGGGAAUGGACAGAGCAUUACGCCGGCAUUAACUGUCGACGAAAAGGUCACCUACCUAAAGCGCGAGAUUGAUGAGAUUACGGAUCUGUCAGAAGACUAUAGCGACAUCAAGUGGAUUUACGAAGCUCUGUUAGAAUACAACCUGGCUCUAAAUCGGCUAGAAGAUAAGAGCGAUGGAGCUGGCAAUCUACAGACCUGGCUCACGAAGCUGCAGGCUCUCGACCCGAUGCGCAUGGGUAGAUGGAAAGACGUUGAGCAACAGGCAAAAUGA